AUGCCAUUCACUCGCGCAUCCGCUCUCUGCACAGCCAGCACCGUCUUCGCCACAAUCUUUGUUGGUUUUGGCAUAAACGCUAUCUUACGUCCAGCACACGCUCUCACCUUCUUCGAGCUCGUCAUGUCGCCCUCCAUUUCCGCUGCUGACCAAAACCUCAUUGAAGCAAUGACGGUUAUCUACGGCGCACGAGACAUCUUCAUCGGCUGUGCUAUCUAUGUCGCUGCAUUUUUUGGGAAGGGAAAGAGCGGAGAGAAAGUACUGGGGUGGAUCUUGUUGGCCACAGCAGCGCAGGCGGUGGUGGAUGGCGUAGUGUGUAAGUGGAUGGUUGGGGAUGGGGAGUGGGCCCACUGGGGUUAUGCGCCUGUUGUAGCAAUCACGGGAGCUUUGUUGAUUAGGUCUUGA